CCAUCUCUUCAGCGCUGUCUAUCUCAUGUACUGUUCCCGGAGAGAAAGGGAAAAAUAAUACCUUAAAGAAUAGGUUAUUCCCGUGUUUCAUCUUCCACUACCAGCCCAGGAGGGAACUGUCUUCAUAGUGGAAUGUGUUAUUACAACACGCGUUAUAUAUAUGAAUGUAUAUGCACAUGUAGGCUCUACCGAGUACCUACCAUUCGAAUUCAGAAGGAAUAUAAAACUGAGAUUGACAGUGGGCUAUAGCUGCAAGAAACGGGAAAAUUCGAGGGAUUUUCGUAUUUUCGUCAUGUUUAGAAGAAUCAGAACCCAUUUAAGAAUGUGUUGGGGACUAUCAGAGCGCUUUUAGGAGCCUUGCUGAUGUGAGGAGGGAUACACAUUUCAGCAACAAAAGAAAAGACAGCGAAAGGCCUUUUGGAUUGAGAAAAACCAGCAAGGAACAGCCAUCACAGAAACGGGGGAAAAUCAGGAAAAUUGAAUUAUUUCGGGGAUCUAAACUGAAAACCGGACUCACCGUUUAGAUCGAGGAUCAUAUUAUGGAUAUAAAAUGUGUUAAAUGAAGACGGAAGCAAUGAAAAUAUUACACAUGUAGUUCGUUAAGUGUCAAUAUUUUUUUCUUUCUACAGUCUGCGCGGAGAAAGGCCGCAGCAAAUACGACUUUUCCCAAAGAUAUGUUUAUUCUAACCCGUGUCAAAAAGAUCCGUGUCAAAUUUUACAGUCGAGUUUUUGUGCCAUGCCGAUUUUGGGUAUUUGUCACAGGCAACAGUGAGACGUGAGACUCGUGCCGUUCGUGAGAUGAAAAUAGGAUAUUUUUAAUCUCUUCAAUUGAUUGUGAAAGAGGCAAACCCUUCAAUCAACCUUUAAAUCUGUGGAUGGUCAUCUAUAUCGGUACAUAAACGCUGUAUGUGAAGACGGAAAAGGCUAAUAGAAUUGACCAAACUGAGAGGACGGCCUGGGUGUCGUCAUCAACAGUAUCCUGCCCUCUUUGACAGCAAUAUCUAUUGAAAAUACGCAUUAUAUACACAUACUUACAAACAAAAUAGGACAACGUUUUAAAACAGACAUUAGUUCGACGUAACAUUAAACAACAGACUGUAUACAUGUCGUUAAUAUUGCUCUCAAUUCCGUGGGUCAACCGAGGGAUCUAGAAUAGUUUGUUUUUUCACAUUCCCCUUCCCCUGGACUCUCUUUCUUGCGGGAAGAUGGGUUGUUUGGGCAACAGUAAGACUGAAGAUCAGCGAAAUGAGGAGAAGGCACAAAGAGAAGCAAACAAAAAGAUAGAGAAACAGCUUCAGAAGGACAAACAGCUAUAUAGAGCAACUCACAGGCUACUACUUUUAGGGGCUGGUGAGUCAGGGAAGAGCACCAUAGUGAAACAGAUGCGAAUCCUACAUGUGAAUGGCUUCAAUGCAGAAGAGAAGAAGCAGAAAAUUCACGACAUCAAGAAUAAUAUUAAAGAAGCUAUUGAGACCAUAGUAGCGGCUAUGAGUACACUGACUCCUCCCGUUCAGCUCGCCAGUCCACACAACCAACAUCGAAUCGAUUAUGUCCUCAACCUAGUCAAUCAGAAGGACUUUGAAUUCACAUCUGAGUUUUAUGAAAAUGCGAAGACUCUCUGGCAGGACGAGGGCGUGAGGGCGUGUUUUGAGAGAUCCAAUGAGUACCAGCUGAUCGACUGCGCGCAGUACUUUCUAGACAAGAUUGAUAUUGUGAAACAGAGUGACUACACUCCCACUGAUCAGGACCUACUGAGAUGCCGAGUGCUCACCUCUGGGAUCUUCGAAACCAGAUUUCAAGUGGACAAAGUAAAUUUCCACAUGUUUGAUGUUGGUGGUCAAAGAGAUGAACGUCGGAAAUGGAUCCAGUGCUUUAACGAUGUAACAGCCAUUAUUUUCGUGGUGGCCAGUAGCAGCUACAACAUGGUGAUCCGGGAGGACAAUCAGACCAACCGUUUACAGGAGGCUCUCAAUCUAUUCAAGAACAUCUGGAACAACAGGUGGCUGCGGACCAUUUCUGUCAUCCUAUUCCUCAACAAACAGGACCUGCUAGCAGAGAAGGUGUUGGCUGGGAAAUCAAAAAUCGAAGAGUAUUUCCCAGAGUUUGCACGCUACACCACACCGGAUGAUGUCUCUCACGCUUCUAUAGCAACACCAGAACCAGGGGAGGAUCCACGCGUCACGAGGGCAAAGUACUUCAUACGAGAUGAGUUCCUGAGGAUCAGCACAGCCAGUGGAGACGGCAGGCACUAUUGUUACCCGCAUUUUACCUGCGCCGUCGACACGGAAAACAUCCGCCGGGUCUUCAACGACUGUCGGGACAUCAUUCAGCGGAUGCACCUUCGGCAGUACGAGCUCUUGUGAUUGGAGGGGGCUGCAACACAGACUCUGAACCCCCACCUCCGGUCCCUCCCUGACCCCCCCCUGAAAACCACCCCUGUCGCCCUGACUCUGUGUGCUCUUGGGAACUCCUGAAGUCAAACUAGAUAUGAGAGCUACAGCGCAACCUGGAAAGAGUAUUGAAACACUGCAAAACACAGAAUACAUUCAAGCCAGAUCAGCUGAACUCCACUACAAUUUAGCACUGUGCUCAGGACUUGAACCCAUUUCACCACACACACACGCGAGUACGCACGCUGACAUGGCACCGGACCCGCUUUCUUUCACAAUCUCAGUUCAUAUUUUGACACACACAGACACACUCUUAGACACACUUGCUCUCAAUUUACCCAUAACUGCUUGCAUACAGAAAAAGAACACACAUGCUUUUACUUGACUGCAUGGUCACUGGUCCUGAACUGAGCAAGUGGAGAGUCUUAGCUGCUUGCUGUCUGCAGCCACAGAUUGACUGGCUCAGUACUUUCAAUGAAUCACAGCCAAAAUACCUACCAGGAGCAAUUUCAAUGACUGACAAUGAUCCAGAGAAGCAUCAUGGUGAGCAGGGCUUGGGGGAGGGGAAUAUCUAUGUGAAUUUGGCGGAGCUUGGACACCAUGACGCCCACAGGAUUGUCACAUGACUUUGCCUUGUUGGUACAGCAGCGGGAGGAAAAAGGCCAACGUUCACAGAACUCAACGGAGUGCAAAGCCCAUAUACAGUACAGUACCAUAUAAGUUAAGAGAAGUCUGAUCAGCCCUGUUUCUGUCUCCACAGUUUGUUUUGUCUGUGUAGGCUGUUGUGCCAUUGUGCCCUGUGCGCUCUCACACUCUCUCUCUCCCCUCUCCCACUCUCUCUUUCACUCCUCCCUGUCGUCUCUCUUAACUUCACCACAUACCAUGCACUGUUACUUUACUGGCAAUGCUCUUUGUUUUUAAAGAAAAAAAGUAAUCCUGAAAUUUAAAAAAAUAGGAAGAAGAUAAUUAUAAAUGGGACACUAAUCUUUAGUCAUGUGGUCACCCCCCUUCCUACCCCUUCCUUGGUUUCCUCCAUCUCCCUUAACCCCCCUUCCUCCUACACUAACCCUCCUUCCUCCUCCCCAGGCUCUGUGUAUCUCUUUACUUUACUGCUGAACUAUUAUUCUUGUACAGACUGUAAAAUGUAUUAUUUUGUACAACUUUAUUGAAAAAAAUAACUUUAAGAAGAUCCCUGUGCCUUGAUCACGACUGUACGUGUAUAAUGAGCUAAAGUGGGUGUUAUACUGCGCUGUAUAGUUUGGCCAGUUUCCCCCCUCUCUCCCAAGGGAAGAGGAACAACCAUUCCUAGCUUUAGAUGUUUAUUUCUCUCCCCCAUCUCCCCUUUAUGAUUUAAAUGUCUAUUUUUGGAUCCAUAUACCAAAAAAAUAUAAAUAUAUGAAAUGUCUAUGGAUUUAAAAAAGUAUUUUAUUAGAAUCAAAGAACCUUGACACAUUGUACACUUGAUAUAGUGUGCUUAUUGCUAUAACUUAAAUCCUUUUCGAUUAGGUUUGUUUCAUUAGCGACAUCUGCAAACAACAUGAAGGGUGAGUGUUUAUUUACCAUUUUUAAUUUCAUUUAUAGCUUUAAGGUAAAAGGUAAUGAGAAAUAUCAAAAUGCAAAACAUUGCUUGUUUCUACAUGAAUCUUUCUUUUGCUAAAGAAAAGAAAAAAGAAAAUGGUAUUGUUUUGGGGUCCUUCCUAGCGUUGCACAACAGAGGCGGACUGUACAGUAUUACUUUCACUUCAAUGCCCUAGUUUUCAUUUACUGUGUACAUCAGAAAUGGGUCUCUACUUUCAGAAGAGGAGCUCUGCGAAAUAAAGGUUUUUGGUGCAGACAG